UGGGAUUGCCGCCGUUCGUUGGCUGCCUGCGUCCGCCGCCGCCGCCGCCGAUCGCCGAUUCCGCCGCCGCCGCCGAGGCUAAAGGUGCGUCCAGGAGCUGUCGGUGUUGCAGAGCAGAGAUCAGUCAGUGGGAGCCGCGAGUGCAGACGGACGCACGCACGGAGUCGAAGCAAGCGAGUUGCACACGGCGUACGUACACACACCGGCCGCCUGCCUGCCUGCCUGCCCUGCACCAUGACGUACCUGGACCUGACGGUGCCCAACUACUCGUACGUGUUCAACUUCGAGGAGGAGUUCGUGCACCAGGACACGCGAGUAUGGAUGAUCCAGAACUGGAAGAACGGAUUCUACUACGUCGGCAUCUACAUGAUCCUCAUCUUCGGCGGGCAGCACUACAUGCAGAGUCGGCCCCGCUUCCAACUCAGGGGCGUGCUCGUCAUGUGGAACACGGCCCUCGCCUGCUUCAGCAUCGUCGGCGCCUGCCGCACCCUCCCAGAACUGCUGCACACCCUGCGCAACCACGGCGUCUACAACUCGGUCUGCAUUCCUAGUUACAUCCUUCACGACAAGGUGAGCGGCUUCUGGACGUGGAUGUUCGUGCUGUCGAAGCUGCCCGAGCUGGGCGACACGGUUUUCAUCGUGCUGCGCAAGCAGCCGCUCAUCUUCCUGCACUGGUACCACCACAUCACGGUGCUGCUGUACAGCUGGUUCUCGUACGCCGAGUACACGUCGUCGGCGCGCUGGUACGUCGUGAUGAACUACAUCGUGCACUCGAUCAUGUACACGUACUACGCGCUGCGGGCCAUGGGCUACCGGCCGCCCAAGCAGUUCGCCAUGUUCAUCACGGCGUCGCAGCUGUCGCAGAUGGUGGUCGGCUGUCUGGUCAACUACUGGGCCUACCAGUACCUGCAGAGCGGCGAAGAGUGCCACAUCAGCCUGACCAACAUCAAGCUCUCGUUCACCAUGUACCUGAGCUACGCCAUGCUGUUCGCCAGGUUCUUCCACAAGUCGUACCUCUCGGACGGCGGCAAGGGCGCCUCGGCCGCCAACGUGCCGGCCCGCGUCCACUCGGCGGCCAACGGCGUCAAGUACGACAAGCUCGGACAGGAGGACAAGGUCAACGGACACCAGUACGGCCUGCUCACCGGCCAGCAGCGGAGCAAAUUGGAGUGAAAUUAAUUAGAACACCCACUCACACACGCAUCCACCACUUAAGAACACCUUCACCACCCUCCCCUCCAUUUCAUUUUCGAACCGAGGAAUUUUGUCGGAGGCUGAGAAGAAAGCGCGAACCGAGGGAAUUGGAUUUAUUUGGUGUGAGCCGAUCGGAGCCCAAUUCGAUAGGGUUUCGCGGCAGCCAUAAAAAGAAGGAGAAUAUCUAAAGAAAUGCAUUUAAAUAAACGGGGACAUGUUUGCAUCAAAUUCUCUGCCGUGGAGUGUAUUUCCAAAUGAUCAAAUUGGUAAUUCCUUACUUUUUAUCCGGCUUCCUGAAGAAACAGCAGGAUCUUUUCUUUAAAAUUCGCGGAAGAAUUCGUUUAAACCGUUGAAAUGACGCAAGAAUUCUUUAAUCAACGCUGAUUGGCCGACGCAAAUCGCAUGUCAACAGCUGCCGCGGUUGCCUAGCAACAGUGUAAACGUGUUGUGAAUUGCGCGGGAGAUGCUGACCUGCGCUUUCGUCAGCCAAUCAGCGUUGAGGAUUCUUGGAGCAAAGAAUUAUUUUCGCUAAACAGAAGGAAAUGCACUCUAAAAGACGAUUGAUUAUCAUUUUUUACUUAAAAUGAAUUCGCUGACUAAUAAACUCACGUAUUUAUCCUCAAAUAACCGCGUCAAGAAUUCAUUCCUUUUCCGCCAACCCCUUCAAAACAUUCCUGCAACUCCGAUUUCCCUCGGCCGAAGCUUUUCCCGUCGUCUUUCGGUUCUAUUGCCCAAAACCGUGAGCAACUUUCACUCGCAGAAGACGCGUUUCUUUUCACAUACACACACGUAAACACUUAACAAAUCGGAUGCUGCAAGUGACCCCGUUCUCACUGGGCCGAUUUGCAUCCGCUGCCAUUCAUUCGUUGGAGCGAGCGUCGACGAUGGCAAUUGUUUAUCCUGUAAUAACGCUAAUCGAGUGCCCCCAGCCGCAGCAGCAGCAGCUCGAAAUUGAACGACACACGAGCCAAUAUUGUAAAAGGACAUGGUCGGGCGAUUCUCUCUCUCUCUCCCUCUCUCUCGCGGGCGCUCUCCGCGCGCACGUGUCAACGGCACAAAAUUGCUGUCAUCGCGCGUGUUUCACUCUUUUCUUUUAAUUGUUUUCAUUCCAAGUCGAGGGGAUUCGUCCGCGUAGUAUAAUAUUUUGAGACUGUGAUGCUUUUUGAGCUGGCUCCGUGUAAAUUCCAAAGCACCAACCAGCAGGCUAAAAAAUUGAUUGGCUCAUUUUCUCCGGAACACCCGGCUGGUUUCCGGAUUUCUUUCAUUUUUUUUCGGUUUAGUUCAGUUAAGCGCAACGGCUCUUCACUUUUGUUGUUACGUUUAGUAAUUUAUGGAGUAGUCGCGGAGUAUAAUUAAUUAUUAUUAUUAAUUAUUCUAUAGUUCACCGUUCGUGGAGGUAGCACACAGUUUCCGAGUGAAAAAGGACACAAAAUUUCUCAGCAUUUACAUACGUAUUUCCCAUUUUCGGAAUUCUUCAACCGCCGUCCGCCUCCAGAGGGCGCAUUUAUGUGUGCACAAAGGGUCGGCGUGGCCCUCGGGGGCCGGCGGGGGCGUUCAGGCACAUCCGAUCGAUACACUUAGUCCUGCUAGACGUGAGCAUUAGACGGUUAUAUAAAAUAUAGCUUCGAUAGAUUGGUCCGUGUGUGCGCGUGUAUGUACUUGGCUUAACUCAGAAAAGUAAGCAGAAAGAAAAAAUGACGUACUUGUACUUGUAAAUCGGGCACGCGACCUUUGUCUCCCCGCGGAAUCCGUCGCCAUCUUGGUUCCGACUCGCUAUUGGUCUUGGAAAAACAACCUUUUCCCGCCAAAAGAGUCCCGUGCUUCUUGUAAAUUGCUUCUAUUGAGCAGAAAACCGAUUGUUUGGUCUCAAUUCGCAGCUGAAGAGUCGAUCUAUCGAUUUAUAACGGCGGAGACGCAUUAAAUUGAGAAUAAAAUCACGAAAAUUAGAGAAAGCAGCAAGAAUUCUUAGCUUGAAGAAUUCUUUACGCUGAUUGGCUCAGCGCGACGCAUGUCAACAGGUUGCACGGUUGCCUAGCAACAGCGUUAAAGUGUUUAGAAUUGCUGACGAGCGCGUUCGUUAGCCAAUCAGCAUCGAGGUUUCUUCGAGCAAAGAAUUUUUGCUGUUUUCUCCGAUUAUUGGUGUCUUCUUGCAGCUGUAGAGUUCAUUUAUCGAUUUAUAAUCCCAGAAAUUCAUUUAAAUCAAUUUAAUCACGAGUAUUGGAGAAAAGCUGCAAGAAUUCUCGACGCUGAUUGGCUGAGCGCAACGUGCCAACAGCUUCCCGGUUGCCUAGCAACAAGAAUCGUGAAUUGCGCGGGAAAUUGUGACAUGCGUAUUGCGUUCAAAUCCAAGAAUUCUUUUAAUUCUUGUUGUUAAUCGACUUUUAAUGCGUUUCUGCGAUUACAAAUUGAUAGAAAAGUAGAAAACAAUUCCUUAUAGAGACAUUUUUUUAUCUGGCGGUCGAAUUCCAGCAGGGGAAAAGGCGGUGUCCGUCACUUCACUCAUACUUAUUACACAAUGACUGUAUAUGCUAUGCAUACGACAUCGGCUUUGCGAUUGGUCGGCGUGUAAUUAACUAGCUUAAUUAUUAAAGUAAUUAUACCGGCGCCGUCUGGGCACUUUUCGCGGCCCUUCGGCUUUUUUGAUAAGCAUGAGAGCGAUGCAUGAAAAUAAAUAAAUAAAUAAUGUCACGUGCAUAGAAAGGCUCUGUGAUUUGAUGUUGAUUAGUUAAUUUUUUGUUUUCCGAUUGAUCGAGUCAAUCGCAUUCGUUGUUUUUAACCAGCAGGCAUUUUGAGACUUACGCUCGAUUCGCAUUUUUAGUCCUCUCAGAAACGGCACACACCCACCCACACACACACACAUAACUCAUGUAUAACUCGGAGCGAUCGCGUCGUAUUAUGAAAUAAAAUUAUACAAAAAAAAUAAAAUGGUGUAAUUCUUACUGUGUAAAACUGCAAAUUCCUGUGUACAUACAUAACGUAUUUAAAAUUACAGCUGCCAAAUUAUUGUGCUUCACAGCGAAAUGAAAUAAAGAGAAACACUCGAAAAUUUGAUCUUGAA